AUGAAGAAUUUCCGCAAGGUCGCCUACAACUUCAAGAUGACGCUCGUCUGCGGCUUCAUCACCUUCCUCGUCUUCCGCGGCACCUUCGGCGCCGGCAAGUUCGGCACGCCGUUUCAGGAUGCCGAGAUUCUCAACCGCGAGCUCCGGUCCUUCCAAGAGAAGGGCCUCCUCAAGUCGCGGGAGAGCCAGCUGCUCUUCCUGCAGGACAAGAUGACGGACCGCAAUUCGCCGUACCGCGCCGGGCCCAACAUCACAGACUGGGACGAGCAGCGCGCGGAGCACAUAGCCUUGAAUCCCGGGUGCAACUCCACCAGUGACGGGCGGCCACGUGUCAUGAUCGUGUCGACUUCCCAGCCGAAGCCGUGCGAGCACAGCGUGGGCGACCACUUCCAGCUCUUGUUCCUUAAAUCGAAGCUGGACUAUGCGCGGUGGGCCUCAGCACCCGGAAGCUUCCUCCUGCGCAACAACCAGUGGUCGCUGGAUCUGCUCGCCAAGUGGGCCGCCAUGGGCGCGAGGGGCAGAGCCAGGGAGGAGGCGGGCAGAGUGCUGACGGCGCAGCUCAAGGUGAGCUUCUAA